AUAAGCAAUCACAAAAUCCGGCGUGAUAUCAGAAUCAAUGAAUCUACAAAAUGGCAAUUAUUCAUUUCAUGUUCGUGCAGCGAAAGGAUUCCGAACUAUAACAACCGUAGCUAUAGUAACAGACCAAACCGUAAUCCCAUUUGUCAUCGAAAAUAAACCAGAGGAGGUGGAAUUCGACUACAAUAAAUUUGAAAAUGUCACUGGUUUAGAAGCAGGAAACUCAACCUUCAACGCCACAAUGAACAUUACAACAACGACCACUGUUCCAAACAUAUCCUCGAAGCCAAACAAUGUCACAAACAGUUCAACAUCAGACCUUGAGUACCAAGAGUAUGGAAUAGGAAUUCAUUUCUUGGGGUAUAAACUUGGAAAUAACAAAUUUUAUUACCACGUAUUUUGGGCCAAGAGCAAAUACACCUCCUCUCUAAGGUGGUUUAAGACUGACACAGAUCUUAAUUCAAAACAAAGCUUCAUAAUAAACGUCGUAAAGAAAUUUGAAUAUCUCGACGACACAGUUGAUGUCACCCUAAUUGUUGCUGGUGAAGAAGUGGUUUCUAUUUCUGGUUUCAAGUUUGCCGGAGCCGUGAAGUUAGCUGCGUUGACAUGGACCGAGGACAAUUACAAACCUCCGUUAGAUGACAUUUACAAGCCAUUUUACGCAGAGGCAGAAUUAAGCUCCCUAUAUGUACCUGAUGUGCAAGAUAAACCUUGUCGGCACGGACGCGGUUUCUAUGAUGGUGAAAGUGGCAUCAAGGAACUUUGGGUUGGAGCUUCUGACAACAAUCUCUCACCAGGCAAUAUUCGUGCGAUGGAACUUUAUAAAACGUUCUGCUUUCCUUGCAUUAAGCCCUGUGAUAUGCUUUGCAACGAAUCGUGUACUGAGGAAAAUUUGCUAGAUGGUUUCAACAUGGUUAGCAUUGAUGUUACAAAUCUUCAUCUCAAAUAAUCUGAGAACUCGCCGGAAUGUGCAAAUAUCACAAGUGAUAAAAAAUGUAACAGUACUGCCUAUUACCUUAACGCAAAACUAGUUAAUUUUGCAGGCGAAGAAACAAUUGUAUUCUCGAAUGGAAUCCAAAUCGAUACAUCACCACCUUAUUGCAAUAACGUUACAUGCACCGAUCCGGAAAACAGCGAAGAUCAGCCAACAGAGUUUACUGGAUCAAGCUCAACUAUCGGUGCUUACUGGGACUGCGCAGAUCAAACGAGCCAAAUCGUGAAAUAUAAUGUUCAGAUAAUCAAUAAGGAAAGCGGCGCUAUCAUUAUGGAUUAUGUGGACGUCGGUUUAAAGACCAAGGCGAAAUUUAACCUACAAAAUGGUACUUUUGAACACAAGAAACUUUACGAAGUUAGAGUGUCUGCAUUGAACAGCGCCGGAUUGGCGUCUAUUUCUGCUUGUUCAGUGCAAGUGAUCCUUUUCCCACCAGACGUUUCAAAUAUUAUUUCUGGUCCUUUGUUUGCCAACCGAACAAAUAUAGCAGAUGACGAGGAACCAUAUUGGACCGAGUCACAGUCACAGAUCGGCAUUCAGUGGCAAGGGGGAACGCCUGAUAUUGAAUUCUAUGAAUGGCGGAUAGGGACGCAGGCUGAUGGGAACGACCUUUUCCCGCCAUCGAAGGUUGGAAUAAACACGACAGGUUUCUCCGCAAUUGUUCACGGAAAGGUGCGCUUCAGUGAUGAAGACGUCGAUAGAACCGUGUCUGAAUACAGAGAUAUCGUGAACAUGUCAGCAGAAGAACGCGAUAACUUCACAUCUGCAAGCGAGGCAGAGAAAGCGUUCUUUAUGGUGGAGCCAGGGCGUUGCGUGUACCAGUCACUGUCGGCUAUCGGCCUGUCAAAUUUGAAAAGUAACUUAAAAAAGGAAUCAGUGUGUAUAAAACGUUCGCAAGAUGUAAAUCUUAAAAAGGAGGCAGGUAAAUCAUUGCUGAGGGCGGUGCGACCUGUCGGAUCCUCCACCUGGAUGGAAACAAAUGACACCGUCGCCGCAGAUAUUUAUGUUGAAAUCGAACUAACCACGGGUGGCAUAACGUUGGGAACACUGACGAACCAGGACUUACAGGAAGCAUACGGCAGUGCCUCCACGGCCGACUAUAGGCCGUUCAUCUCCAACAUUGAAACAACGCUGCGGAAAACCUCCAGGCUAUUGCGCCACAGAAUCCAUCAGCUUUGCGACGUCAAUUUCUUCCUCUCCCCGUCACCACGUGCUGACGCCUCGAGUGUUAUAAUCUACGUGAAAGUUCCGCUUGAAUGUGAGAAUGACCCUGAGGAUCAACCCGCCCUAGUCCUCUGGAACACUGAGAAAGAAGUCUGGGUGCACAUUGACGAAGGAUGCAAUGAAGUUUUAUCGGCAAAUAUCUCCAAUGGGAUGUAUACAGCAAUGAUAUGUCCAAAGUUGAACAGCGCAGGGCGAAAAAGAAGAGACGCCUCGAUUGAACUACAAUCACCGAUGCAUUACAGCCUGGUAAAAAUAGGAAAAGCAUUCAUCAAUUAUUCGCCAACAACUGUUUCAGGGGAAUUUCAUAGUAAGGAAGAUGAAAUUGCAAACUUUUCUGUUGAAACAGAUGAUCCCGAAAACGACACUCUGGUUUUUAAAAUCAUCAAAGGGCCAGAAAACAUUCAGUGUAACAUGACCACUGACGGGCAUUUACGGUGGGAGGCGAUUGAAGACGAUUUCUAUGGCGAAGAUUACGUCACAGUCGAGGUCACUGAGACAGAUUUGCCAUCGUUUCAACAAUCGGUGGCGGUUACUCAACGAUUGACACUUGUAAUUCAUGGAAGCCCCGAUAAGACUGACAGAUUCUUUUUCGAUUCCAAUGACACAAUUCAUACUGAGGUUCGACCCUAUUUACGUCACACGAUUUUAGUGAAUGCCAACCGGUCAUCCAUCCAAUACGCCGGACGGAUUGUCCUCGCGGAUGUCGACGGUGGCGAGGUGUUUGCUCCUCUGCCAAGAUUCAACGCUCUCGGGGACGCCGCUUUCUCUCUGAAGAAGUUAUCUACCACCUCGGAUAUUCCUCUGGCCAAUUACACGACUAAACGCUACAGAACCGUUGAGGCCUAUGACGUGGAGUUUGAAUACUCCCCAGAUCUACAGGGUAAUAUGACUCUGGAUUUCAUAGCCAAGAACGCUGGUGACAGCUUUACGCCUGGUGUCACUAUCGAUGUAUAUGUGAUGGAGAAUCCGUGCAUUCAUGGUCAGUGCCACCAUCCCACUCUUGGAUAUGACGCGUGUGAAGAUCCGGCAAGGUCAUUGUCAUUCAGUGGCUUUGAAUGUGUAUGCGAACCUGGCUAUAUUGGCGACUGGUGUCAGAUAGAAAUCGACGAGUGUGAGUGGAGCACGUGUUCCAAUAUGUACGACUGCGAGGACCUGGUCAAUGGCUACCAGUGCAACAUCAACAUCCCCAAACUGCUGGCUGUCAUCGCCUGUCCUCUCAUUGCCCUCAUUGUCAUCGUGUACGUUUUCAGGAGAUAUAUUUUGAAGCUGAAAUACACCAGAUUGUCUAGAAGCAGGGUCGGUUUAAUAGAGGACAGCGGACGGCAAAUCGGCGACAACCGCCUGGCCACCUCAUCUGGCGUCUACAUGGACGACAAGGAUGACGUAAGCUCGGAGAAUGAUGACGUCAAGAACUGGCGACACAAUCCUUCAUUUGAAGGCAGGUCGCCAUUAAAAGCAAACCCGUUGUUCUUGCCUGGCAAAGCUCCACCGCCACACCACUCUAACUUCUCCGCCUUUAAAGGUGGACAGGAGAAGCCAAAACCGUUCUCGCUGAUAGAGCUGAAUGAUUUAAACGCUGAACGGAUUAGGCCGAUACAGUCACGUCACGUUGACGUCUACAAGCACAGGUUUGAUGUCACGAUGCUAGCAGAGCCCUCUGAGACGAGUGUGGUGACGUUACGACCCUCUAGCGUCAGCUCCGUGGGGCAGAUCCCUAAGCCAGGCCCCAAAGUGAAUAUCCCCCUGGGACCUGAGGAGUUCGACUACAUGAUCGAAAAAAUGAAGAAAGACGCUGGCUUGACGGCUGUACAGACGUAACUUUAGCAGCCGUCUGGGCGUUAACUGAUUUCUGGCAUGAAUAAAAUAUUUGUAAAAUUAAAUACUUUUUAAACGAAAUUCGCAUACGCAUGGAUGGUUAUUGAUUAUUGGCAUAAAUGAACGACGUUGUAAAAUAAAAAUAAAACUUUCACACGAUAUUUGAAUAUCAGUGUGCGGUUAUUGUUUAUUGACAUUAAUAUAAAUUUGUACUAUACAUAUAGAAGCACACGUGAUUGAAGAUAUAUCAAACAUAUAACAAUUCAAACCGUCCUGUCGUUUAACUAUUGAUUUGAUUGAAGAUUUAAACCCAAUAUCGUUCAUAGUUGUUUAAAUAUUGUACACAAUACAUGUUAGCCUGUUUAUUUUGUUACUAUUAACACUAAAAUAAAAACAAAUUGUUUUGUUUUCUUGAGCAAAUGCUUUAAAAUUAUUUGUCAUGUUUGUGUGUCGCAACAAAACAGUGUUAAUCAAUAAGAAAAUUCUACAUGUUCAAAUUAUUUUGACACAGCAUUUAUCCGGAUAAUUCCACGGAGUAAUACUACGGUAAAAGUCUUGACACGUUCGAAAUUUAUAUGCCAACAUAUUUUUAUUUUAUCUUUUUGGAUGACAGAAUGCGUUUUAUUUGUGUUUUCGGCAUAAGCAUUUCUGACAUACGGAGCUUUUUUGAUGAAUAUACAUCAUUUUUGGUAACGAAGUUCUAGCAAAACGUCAUUUUUGAAGUAUAGUGUUUAUCCAUUCUUCAUCUUAGCGGCAUAAUUAGUGUUUGAUUUCUUUGUGUGUGUCACUUGUGUGUCUUUUAUGGCUGUACUAUAACAUAUCAUUCUCUGGACCUUACCCAAUAUGUACACAAACACUUGUCUUUUUAUAUUUUGUAGAUCUUUAUACAUGUACAGACUUUGGUGUACACAUUGUUUAUUAAUUAUUUUCAUAUUUGAUUUUACUUGCUGCAA